UUUGUUUUCAGAGAAAUGACCCGUCCUUGAUGCUGGGAUGGAUCUUCUCUCCGUUCCUGAGCCUGCUGGAAAGGAUGCUGACCCUCCUCGGUCUUAUCUCAGGACAGAGGGCUUUAACUCAUGGAACACAGGUUGUUGUAAAAUCAAUAAAUGGAUCAAGCCUUGUCAUAUUCUUGCAGCAAGGCUGGACAAUUAGACAAGUCAAGGAACACAUAUCUCCUAAACUGAACCUGCCUCCGGAGGAGAUAAAAAUUAUAUUUGCUGGCAAAGAGCUGAGUGACAGUGUUCCAGUUGAUUCUUGUGAUCUUGGAAACCAGAGUAUACUUCAUGCAGUCAGGAUAGUAGCUAGGAUACAUCUACCUACUCAGGAUGGAUCAGAGGUUGAGAAUGAGAGCGGAGAGGCUCCCCUCUGUGAGAGUUUGAUUGACCUCCAGCUGACCGCGGAGGAGAGAGAAACUGUUCCAGCUGAGCAAAGGGAAACCAAAAAAGCGCAUUUUUAUGUUUGGUGCAACUCCCCUUGUAAUUCUCUCCAGGCGGGAAAGCUUCGAGUUCGGUGUUCUAAGUGUGGAGAAGGAGCAAUAACGUUGGAUCGGGAUCCCUGUGACUGGGAUGAUGUUCUCAAACCUAACAGGAUUACUGGUUUCUGUGAGACCCCUGAUUGCUCAGCUGUAACUAGUGUAGAGUUCUUCUUUAAAUGCUCCGGAUCCAACCACACCUCCGAGACUAGCUCCGCCCCACCCCUUCAUAUGGUCAAAUCUAACUUGCGCGAGGUUCCCUGUCUAGCGUGCACGGAGCUAUGUGAUGAUGUGCUCGUGUUUGAGUGCGCAGAUGGUCACGUGAUUUGUGUCGAGUGCUUCGGGGACUAUUGUAGGUCAAGGUUGGGUGAAAGACAGUUUUAUCUGGACCCUGAGCUAGGAUAUACUCUACCCUGUCCCGUAGGAUGUGAGAACAGUCUUAUCAAGGAUACAAGACAUUUCAGACUAGUCGGAGAUCUUAAUUAUGAAAGAUAUCAACGGUUUGGAACUGAGGAGCUAGUUCUACAAUCUGGUGGAGUACUCUGCCCCCAACCUGACUGCGGGGCAGGAAUACUUCCAGAACUCUCAGAUACUUGCAGACGGGUUGCCUGCAGAGAUUGUGGAUUUGUGUUCUGUAGAGAUUGUCUUCAAGGAGCACAUCUUGGACCUUGUCUCCCCUGCUUACAAUCCACCCCGGAGCAGGGUUCAUCCGCUCCAACCUUACUCCCAGGAGACCCUAGAGCAACCAGGGCCAGCUGGGUUGGAGCUGAUCCUAGCUCUGUAACUAUCCGGGUGAUCAGUAAACCCUGUCCUGGGUGUAGAACCCCUACGGAGAGGGAUGGAGGAUGUAUGCAUAUGAUCUGCACUAAACCAGGCUGUGCUCUUCAUUGGUGCUGGGUUUGUCAGAUCGAGUGGACUCGGGAAUGUAUGGCAAGUCACUGGUUUGGAUAAAAGUUCUUCACAAACCUGAAUACGCAUAUCCUUUUGAAACAGAUUUACAAAUCAACAAUGAUUAUUAUUUAUAUCAUAGAAAAUUUACAUAAAAAAGUAAAUCAAAUAUUCACCUUCUUUGUGCAUUUUUAUAAUGCAUAAUGAGGAUAGUUUAAAAAUUGAGAAAGGCAAAAAUUAUUCUCCAUAUCGCUUAGCUUCAGAAACUAAACUCGAUAUCCACUGCACACACUUCAAACUUAAAGGGUUAACGUGUUCAGUCCAGGAAUUUUUUAUAUCCCUUGGAAACAGAUUUUAGAUCCAAAAGUGAACUUGGAGAGAAACUAAGCAUGAAUUUUUAUUUAUCCAUUGUAUCCCUGGUUUCUUAGUUUUACAUUCAUAUAUUUACAAUAUCGAGCUUAACUUUUAGACGAUGUAGCAAACCUAUACAUCUUGUCACUCAUAAACCAAUCAAUUAUUAUUUAAUUAACUUACUUACCAGCUUCCAUAAACCUGGUUUGACAUUAUGCUUACUUAAAGGGACGUUACACUUAUUUAAAAUGACCCUCUAUUUAUAGAAUGGCAUGUCUGAUUCAAAACGAUGCCCUUAAAAGCUACGUCUGAUCUAGAACGAGUGAGAUAUCCAUGUUUUUCUCUUGGGAAAUUGACUAUUUUCAAUUGUGGUUUCUCUAAUAUAAUUACAUGCAGAUUUAUGUUGCAGAAAGAGGAAACUUUCAGAAUUCUCAAACUAAAAAACACUGUAUCUUUCACAAUCAUAUUAUUGAUCAGAUAUAUGUUUAAAUUAGGCUUUGGUAAAACCGAUAUAAACCCCUCUUUAAUAGGAGGCUCACUUUACAACUACAGUCUCUUUAAUNGGAGGGUCACUUUAAAUUACAACUACAGUCCCUUUAAUAGGAGGGUCACUUUAAAUUACAACUACAGUCCCUUUAAUGAAGCCUUAAAACUUGCCAUAUUGUUUUAUUGCAUAAACCUGAGAUCUUACGUGAGUGGACUAAGUAAUAAUAAUACUCAUAACUCUAGUCUAUGGUGCUAAAUAAUCAGAUAAAAUAUUGUAUUGUUAAAAUAUAGGGUAUCCCACAAAGGACAAGGCUUCAAAGACGACUGUACAGAAUUUAUACUAUAUUAUAUUUGGGAUUCUCUGCAACUGUUAACUGGUUUCUUUCGUUGCCAUGUCAAUAAAUAGGCCAUAAAAAGACAAUAUUCAAGGCGGAAGACAUAAUUUAACCUUAUCGUCAGAUUUUAUGAGUUUCAGGUCGUCUUUACAGUCUCAUCCUUUGUGGGUAACCCUGUAUCUGAAUAACACUAAAUAGUUAGUCCUAACAAUGAAUGUAUAUUUAUAUCUAAAAUUGCAUUAUUUAGUCCAAAUAAAUAUAUGUAGAAAACGUUAA